AUGCUUCGGUCUGCUUUAUAUGAAAUAGCUCAUGAUUACGUAAUUCUAGGGGAAGACAGCUUUUAGAAUGGAGAAACUGAAAACUAUUAGCCUAAUCAGAUUCCACAGUCACCGAAAUAAGAAAACGUUGUGGAUCCAUUCUAAAACUUCUCUAAUCUUCUACAGGCACAAAAACAAAAGAAACAAACCAGAAGAGCCUUGAUUUCCAUUGAUACCAAUUUCAACACACUCUAGGGCUCUCCGGAAAAAAAUUAAGAUGUUGUUAAAUACAGCUCAAAACAUAAAUCUACUUAUUCAUCCCCAAAAAACUUUGUCUUUUAUGAUAGAUAAAUUCGUUGGUUAAAUUAAGUGAGAUAAACGAUCAAGGUGAGGGAAGCCAUACAAUAAUAGAGAUAAAGUGUGGAGUGUCCAUUCAAACCAAAGAAAUGUCCCACUUUCUAGCCUGAAACAACCAAAAAUCAAAUUAAAAAACCUAUUAAAAUGAGGAAAGAUUCAUAUUCAACAAUUCAUUUAUUAAAAUAGAAGUUUUACUGA